AUGUCUUCUGAUAACAUAUCUAUUCCAGCACCUGCGGCCAAGUUUCCACCUUACUGUCUAUCAAGCGACGAGGCUGAGCGAGCAUCACCGACCAUCUUGCGGAAGCCCGAUCAAGGCUUGUUGGGAUAUUCUAUGUCUAGUGAGAAUUUUUUAGAGAAAGGUUACCUAAAGAGGUCGAUUUCCAGUUUUCGAUCUGUCCUCUGUGGGUGGUGGCUUUUUUUCGUAGAGAAUCUGCUCUUCCCAUUCCAGAAAGGAUCUGCAUGGUAUAAAGAGUAUAUGACAAUGAGAGAAGAUGAGAAAGCACAUAUUCGAGCUCUAUACUCGCGAUGUAAAGAGAACCCCAUCUGCGACUACCCACCAGGAUGGCCACAGUUAGCAGCCUUCCUGCACAGCGACGACGAUUUUGCUAUAUUCAGGCGAUUUGGAUUGACACACUGCCGGGUUCUUGUCCAGCUCCAAGCCGAGAUUCAACUUCUCGAAAAGAAGCUUGCGGAAAUAGAUCAAGCUGAUGCUAUGGCUGGAUCAUCAAAUGCUUGGAGACUCCUAACAGCGGAAUAUGAAUAUGGAUGGGAUCCUGCCCAGAGAAAUCUCUUGAAAGAAUUGCAGGAGAAGUUGCUCACGUAUGACACCUUGCUAUUAAACGAUCGAAAGCUCAGAGAGUUGGGCCAGCCUUCUAAAAAAGAUUAUCGAAGUGUAUUACAUUGGAUUAUAGGCUCUAAGCCGGUCGGCAAAGGUCAAUAUGACUGGAUUUUCCGUGCUAAUGAUUUUGUCACGCUUUGCAAGAUCGACCCUUUUGAACAAUCAAUCCUCUCCUCAUAUUUCAGGAAUCUGUUUCGAAGUCAGACUCACGAAGAUUAUAAUGCAACUGUCGAUCCCUUUUCCAAGACGAGAGAGUCCGCAGUCGCCAAAUUGCUUAUUGUCUUCUUUACCGUUGGAAUUUUAAUCAUUCCUAUCUUUCUCCUUCUGUGGAUACCAUUAACUCGAGCUUGGAUAUCUGUAACAGUCCUGCUUUCUGUGUUAACUUUCUCUACGCUUAUAUCCCUGUUAACAAAGGCUACUGGAAACGAAGUGUUGGUUGGCACUGCUGCGUACUGUGCUGUCUUGGCCUCAUUUUUGGGUAAUGCCCAGUCGAACUCGCGAUGAAAACUCGGUAUGGCGGGUAGAGAGAGAGAGAGAUAGAUUGAUUGAUUGAUUGAUUGAUUCAUUCAUUCAUACGCGGUUCCAGCCGUCCCUUUGGACAGCUAUGCCGGAAUGGCCCAGCUUUGGCACCAGUUGCCGAACUGCA